AUGCGACGGAAGGCGACCAGCUGGAGUCCGAUUUUGGCGUACGGCGUGUCCCUGACGGGCACAGAGCGUUGGUCUGCAGCACCGCGCACCUCAGUACAACUGCUUGGCGCUUUCCUCAGCUGGAGAGGUGCUCCAGACGGGUGCCGCUGUCGGCAAUCUGGAUCCAAAAACGUGCGCUGGUUAAAGGCAAGUGUGAGGCAGCGGCAUCAGCCGUCGGGGGCCGAAGCGCGUCCGGCUCAGCCACUCGUUAUCACGACGCCCUUGUUUUACGUCAACGCGGCUCCUCACAUGGGAAGUGCUUACCCUACUAUGGCCUGCGAUGCGUUGGCUCGAUACCACCGAAUGCAGGGGCGUGCAGUGCGUUUUAUAACGGGUACUGAUGAGCACGGUGAGAAAAUUGCACAGGCAGCUGCGGCUGCGGGUCGCACACCGCAAGAACACUGCGACCUUGUUUCCGGGGAGUUCAGGGCGCUUUGGGCGAAGCUCAACAUCUCAUAUGAUCGAUUUAUUAGGACAACAUCGGCGAACCAUGCAGCCAUGGUCAUGACAUUCAUGGAACGAGUGUUGCAGCGGGGAGACAUCUACAAGGCAAGCUACGAGGGACUCUACUGUACCGGCUGUGAGGAGUACAAAGACCCCAAGGAGCUCGUGGAGGACACCCAGUGUCCACUGCAUCUCAAGCGCUGCGAACAGCGAGCGGAGGAAAACUACUUCUUCCGUCUAUCGCGAUAUCAGGCCCAGGUUGAGGCACUGCUGGCAAACGACGACUUUAUGCGACCGGCCGAGCGCCGCAACGAGGUGCUCUCCUGGGUCCGCGAAGGUCUCCGCGAUUUCAGCGUCUCGAGAGCCAAGAACCCCUGGGGUAUCCCAAUGCCGAACGAUGCGAGCCAAACUAUCUAUGUAUGGUUUGAUGCGCUGCUCGGCUACCUGACUGCGCUCUUCGAUGAAGAUGAACCGCCGCAGCUCGAAAAAGUCGAAGAACGCGGCUGGCCGGCGCACGUUCACGUCCUCGGAAAGGACAUUACGCGUUUUCACGCGUGUUACUGGCCUGCCAUGCUACAUUCAGUAGGACUGAACGCACCCCAGCAACUAUUUAGUCAUGGAUUUCUCACCAAGGAUGGCAUGAAAAUGGGCAAAUCCCUCGGAAACACCCUCGAUCCUCAUGCCCUGGUGGAUGAAUUCAACGCUGAUGCAGUGCGAUACUACUUCCUGCGUGGUAUCGAGUUUGGUCGCGACGGUGAUUUCUCGCGCGAUCGCUUCAUCCAGAUAGUGAAUGCUGAACUAGCGAAUAGUGUUGGCAACCUUCUCAAUCGAACGCUGAACCUUCUGAAACGACACAACAAUCUAUCAUUGCCGGUUGUAGCACCAAGUGCGCAUCCCUUGGCAGACCUUACCCGAACGUGCACCGCUGAAGCAGCAGCUGCAUACGAGAAACUGGACUUCUCAGGAGCAGCCGAAGCGCUCAUGCGUAUCGCCUCGGAAGCGAACAGCUUCAUCGAUCACGAAGCACCAUGGACCAAACUACGCAAUCCAGAGACCAAGUCCGAAGCUUUUGCUGUUCUCGCCGUUAUUCUCGAAGCCGUGCGAGUCCUUGGUGUUGCGUUGUGGCCACUGAUCCCCGAGACCAGUGAGCGCAUGCUGCGCGCGCUCUGCUACCCUGUAGCGGGGCCAGGCGAGGUAGCGAGCACAGCAGCGGCAUUCGUGCCUUCGUGGCAUGACACCGAGUGGAACGCCCGCAGAGACCUGUUGCAGCCUGGUGUGCGUUUUCGCACCCCAGAGCCAGUGUUUCCCCGUCUAGAAUAG